AUGCAGGGUGGAGGUGGCUCUCCUUGUGGCGGCGGCAGCAGUAACCAAGGGCAGACGCAGGCAGCUAGCGCACAGGACGUGGAGCAAGCGGUGACGUGGCAGCUGGAGCAACUAGAUCUGGGAUCGGAUCUCAGAUCUCGUUUCGCCCAACGCGUCGCCGCGUCUUCCUCGUCCUCCCACGCUUCUUCCCUCGCCCACUUUCAAACCCGCUCUCCGCCUAUGCCUGAGGGACCUGCAUAUGCCGUGCCGCAUGCUGUUACCGAGAGCGCCGGGUUCGGGGCUGCUUUUGCGGGCAAUCUGGGGGGAUUUGGAAGCGGAUUGGAGCUAGGGGGAAAGGAUGUGCGCGGAAGCCAUGGCGGAAGCAGGGGGGAGUACGGGGAGCCAUGGCUUAGCGGUCUUCAUGCUGAGACAGUCGGCACUGGCGACGGCCGGUUUGAAGGUGGGCGGUUGGAAGGUGGGAGGAUGGAGGGUGGGCGGCGAUUCUUGGAAGGAGAUGCAGGUUUUGGUGGCUCUAGAGCAGGUGGUAGCACCAUGGAUGGUGCUGGCGGAGGUGCGGGAGGCUUGACACGUGGGUUUUCUACAGGAGCUGACGUGUUUGGCUGGCCUGGCAGGCUGGACAAGCCUAGUGCGUAUGGUGGCAGAACAUCAGACUCCGCUUUCGCAUCUUCCUCCUCGUUUCCUUCCACUGUUUCCACGUCUGCUGCCGCGGCUGCGGCUGCUGCUGCGGCUGCUGCAGAGCGGUCAGGUUCGCGGCUCUCUUCCUUGAUUGGAUCUGACGUGAGCUCACCAGCCGCAGGCUUUCUGCGGCAGCAGGCGACGGAGCACCAGCUGCAGCGACAGCAGCAGCAGCAGCAGCAGCAGCAGCAGCAGCAGCAGCAGCAGCAGCAGCAGCAGCAGCAGCAGCAGCAGCAGCAGCAGCAGCAGCAGCAGCAGCAGCAGCAGCUGCAGCAGCAGCAGCAGCAGCUUCCGUUGCCGUUGCAGAAUCAGUGGCAGCCGGCACAGGAAGCAGGAUCCCAGUCCCUGCAGGACCAGCCGCAGCAGGAGGCGGCACAGGCGCAGGGUCCUGGGGGCAGAGCAGCAGCAGCAGCGCCGGGGCAGCCAGAGAACCGGAGGCGCAUGGCGCGCGGUCCACGGAGCGAUGGGUCAGUGGAUUUGGAGCCUAUGUACACGGAGGAUCACCGCGUGCUCAAGGUGGAACGGUCCGAGGAAGGGCGAGAGGCGUACGUAUGGGUGACGCUGCUGGCUGCGGGGUUCGUGAUCGGAUCGUCUGGGGCUGCUGCGCGGCAGAUCGGGCACGUGACAGGCGCGAUUGUGCAGUCGUGGACUGAGGGCGCGAGUGGAAUCGACGGGAUGGAGGGAGAGGAGAUCCGACGGUUCAGGAUUCAAGGGAAGAAGGAAAAGGUUGAAAGGGUUAUUAAUCUGAUCCAUGACGCGGUUGAUAAGUAUAAAGAGCUGUGUGAACGGAAGAGGGAGGGGCAAUUUGUUCUAAGGGAGCAUAGGAUAGAUGGGGUGGAUUUCCAAUACCAGCCGCCGCCGAGAAAGGCGCUGCAGAAUAGGGGCAUGCCUGGGGGCGGCGGGGGCGGGGGAGGCGGAGGUGGGGCUUCCCGGAGUCCCCCAGAUGGUGGUGGUGGCGGAGGCGGGAUGGGGAUGGGCAUGGGCAGAGGGGGGGGAGGCGGGAGAGGAAUUGAGGGUGCUGACAUGCGGGCGCAGCUGCUGGCGAGUGUGGUGGAAGGGCGUAUGAUGGGCCGACGUGGGCCGAUGGGAGGGGGAGGGAUGGGAGUGGAGGAGGCGGCUCUGAUGGAGCUGAAGCAGCAGAUGUACUACGAGCGGUUGGAGGAGAGGACGCUGUUCCUUCUGUGGCAGCUGCAGCAGCAGAAGCUGCAGGCAGAGCGGCAGCAGCAGGAGCAGCUGCAUCACCAGCAGCAGCAGCAGCAGCAGCAACAGCAGUUGAUUCAGCAGCAACAGAUCUGGCAGAGCCUGAGGUUGAGAGGAGAGGCGGAGGCGUUUAGGGAAGGUUCAGUGAGCAACAGCUUUGGCAUGGGCACGGGUGUGGGCAUGGGGAGUGGGGGAGGGAUGGGGCCGGUAGGUGGGGGGACCAUGGGACCGGUGGCAGGGGGAAUGGUGGGGUCUGGUAUGGGGGCGGGGAAUAGCAUGGAACAGGGCAUUGGGGGGGGAGUGGGAUUCGGUAUUCCAGGCGGAGGGAGAGGGAGGUGGGAUGACCUGGGCCGGUUGGGGGGUGAAGAGGAGGCGAGGGGGUUUAGGGAAGGAGGGAGGGGUCAGGGAGAGGAGGACUUACAGGCGGUUGCUGUGAGGGAGGCUAUGAGGGAGAAAGUAAGGAAGGCUAUUGAGCAGCGGAUGGGAGGAGGGGAUUCAAGCGCUGCUGCUGCUGCUGCAUCGGCUGGCAGUGGUGGUGGGGGCGGUGGGCAAAUGGGGCACCCCCACCACCAUCACCUGCACCAGUUCCCUAUGCCUCCGUCCCACCCCUCCCAUCCCUCCGCCCACCCUCCUUUGGGCCUGUCCAUGCCGCCACCUGUGCCAAGCAUGGCUGCUGGCAAUGCUUCUGGCAGGGCGCUUCAUAGUGCUGCUCCGUUCCAAAACAGGCACCUGUCCCUUGAAAGCAUCAUGUCUGCAGCAACGCCCGCCACGUCUUCUGCCCCGCCUCUUUCCCUCCCAGUCAACCCGUCCUUUCUUGACGGGUCAGCAGCACAGCUAAGCUGCCCCUGCCGCCCCUCCUCUGUGUGGUCUGGAGCAGCACAGGCAGGUCAAUCCGUCGCCCAUGCUCCUAAUUGCCCUCGAGCAGCAGCAGCAGCACCCGGAGGGGCAGCAGCCGCGGCAGCAGCGGCGGCGGUGGCGGCUGCAGCUGCUGCUGCUGCUGCAGGAAUGCCUGCUUCCGGAGGUCCCAGGCCGUUUGCAGGGCUGCCUGGUAGCAGCAGCAGCGGUAGCAGCAGCAGUGGCGUGGGUGGUGGUGGCGGUAUUGGCGGUAGUAGCAGCAGCAGCGGAAUUGGGAGUGGGAGUGCGGGCAGUAGUGUGGGAUCUGGUGGCAGUGGCAGCAGCAGCAAGAAUAACAGUCCCAGCACGACUGGAAGCAGUGGGCUGGGCAGCAGCAGCAACACUGCUAGUACUGCUGUUGGUGCUGCUGGCACUGCUGGUGUGGCUGGUGCUGCAGCGGCAGGGGCACUGAGUGGGGGGCUUUGCUGUGUGGUGUGUCAUGAGCUCCCUGUUGCUUACAAGCUUCUGCCCUGCCACCAUGCCGUGCUGUGCCAGGUGUGCACCAAUUUCGUUGCCACGUGUCCAGUCUGUGGUGUGCCUCCUCAGCGCACUGUGUCCAUAUACGACGCGCCUUCAGAACCUCCCCACUCUCGCUUUGCAUUCGCCACUGGCCCUCCCAACUCGUCGGCCCCGUUGUCCCUCGCCGCCCCCCAUCCACACUCACAUCCACACUCACUCAUGAUGCAUGGGGCUGCUUUUCCAGCGGGGGUAGGGGGAGGCGGAGGCGGAGGGGGGAGAGGAGGCGGAGGGGGAGGCGGAGGAGGAGGAGGAAGCGGACCAGGGGGGCGUGGAGCAGGGGAAGGCAGCAUGAGAUCUGCGUCUGAUGGUAUGGGGAGUGGGUUUCAUGCGCCCGGAUCCAUGGCGGCUCACUCUGGCUCCGCAUUUGCAACAGCAGAACUUGCUGCUGCUGCUGCUGCUGCUGCUGCUGCUGGGCCCACUGUGUCUGCUGCCAUGCCUCCUGGUGCUGCCUCUAGUGCUGCAUCUGCUGCAGCAGCAGGUGUGCAUGGUGCAUGGACGAGUGGUAGCUGGCAGCACAUGGGGGGAGGAGGCCGGGGAGAGGCGCACUGA